CCAAAAAAAAAACCAAAAACAAAAAGCCUCCGGCGAGAAAUCGAAAAUUCACAGAAUGUCUCACAACGACACGAUCCCACUCUACCAAUCGUCCCAAUCAGACAUCGACGAGAUCGAGAACAUGAUGAGCAACAACGGCUUCCAAUCAAAUCCCGGAUCCGUCCUCCCCGCUCGUCCCCCAAGCCCGACCCGCCCCUCCAUACCCGUCUCCUCCUCCUCCUCUCCCUUCGUCCAAUCCAACCUCCCACCGCUUCCUCCGCCGUCUUCCUCCGCCGCCGCGCCGAAAGUGACGCCUGUCCCAGCCCCUCCUCCGCCGUCGUCGGGGUUCGGGUCGGCGCCGAACACGUUGACGGAGCCGGUGUGGGAUACGGUGAAGAGGGAUCUGGCGAGGAUAGUGAGUAAUCUGAAGCUGGUGGUGUUUCCGAAUCCCAAUAGGGAGGAUCCUGGCAAGGCCCUUAGGGAUUGGGAUCUUUGGGGUCCCUUUUUCUUCAUUGUUUUCUUGGGCCUUACGCUUUCUUGGUCUGCUUCCGUCAAGAAGUCCGAAGUGUUUGCCGUGGCCUUUGCACUACUUGCAGCUGGAGCAGUGAUCCUCACACUAAAUGUGCUGCUCCUGGGCGGGCAUAUAAUCUUUUUCCAAAGCUUAAGCCUUUUGGGCUACUGUCUGUUCCCACUGGACGUUGGAGCAGUGAUCUGCAUGUUAAAGGACAAUGUUAUACUCAAAAUGAUCGUAGUCACUGUGACUCUUGCGUGGAGCUCGUGGGCCGCUUACCCUUUCAUGAGCGCUGCUGUGAACCCAAGAAGAAAAGCUCUAGCACUUUACCCGGUCUUCCUCAUGUAUGUGUCUGUUGGAUUCUUGAUCAUUGCCAUUGAUUAGUUGGAUCUGGAAAAUGGAAAAAUCAGAGACACGUUCUAUGAUUCAGUUUCGAAAUCAUUUGGCAUACAGAGUAGAAUAGAAGUUUCUAAAUCCGUGAGUUCUAAUGAGAUCAUAUGUAUAAUGUGUUCUUUUAACACUUUUUGUUUUCUUAAAGUCUGGUUUGACUUUAUAUUUUUUUGCUCUUUGUAUGAAACUUGCGGUUCUUUUUUGGAAGGUAUAUAUAAUAUGUAAGACCUUGAUAUGUUUUAUAUGCUUCAAAUUGGUCAUACCAGAUAAUA